AUUUCCUUUCCCUUCCCGUCGUCUUCUAAGUUCUAACCUAUCCCAUAUGUUUUCUCCGCCGUUCCAUUCAUCCUUCGUUCGGUGAUUUUCCCCCGGGGUUUUAGGUUCCUGUGAAUUCACGAUCUCUUCCUGCUAAAUCCCUACGAUUUCGACUGAUUCUUUUGCGUCAUGUACCGUCGUGUAUCUGGUGAUUUUCUGUGAUUUUGGCAUCGCACCAUGUUUUGUCGUCACUGUCGUUGCUGUUGCCAGAGGGGCUGAGAAGGUACGGCUCUUGAAGUCCAUGGGAGUGGACCAUGUUGUCGAUCUGGGCAGCAAAAACGUUAUUCCGAGCGUUAAGGACUUUCUCAAAAAGAAAAAACAUGUUAGGGUUAAGGAACUGAACUCUUAUGUUGCUCUUAAAAAGAAAUUCUCAUCCAACCUUACUAAUAAUAACAAGCGAGUGAAUCUUUUUGAUGGGCCUGAAGAAGAGAACAUGGAAGAGAAUGUCUUACUAGCUUCAAAUAUGACCAAUCAAGAGCUAAUGGACAAAGGGUACAGGAUGAUGGAUGAUACAGAUCAAGCCAUUGAAAGGGGUAAAAAGUUGAAGUUCAAGCGGCGUCGGGUUUCUGCUGUCAGAAAAUUCCCACCUGGUUGUGGACCAUCUUUUGCUCCAUUCAGAUUGCCAUUAGGACAAGAAGAAGUUCAAACGAAAGCUGGCGAGAAUGAUAUCAUUCCAUCUUCUGAUGCUGAUGUUGAGCUUUCCGCUAACGAGGAACCAGAUGGUUCAGUUCUGGUAGAAAGACUAGAACAGGGAGAUAACUUGGAAUAUAACAAUGAGAAGCAGAUUGUCCCUUCUAACGGUGUGAAUAUUGUAUUGGGCGGAGGAACGGAUUUCGAUCAAGUGAACAAGUCUGAAUUGAUGGUAGUAGAAACAGAUAAACCGGUUUUUGCCCCAGAAGAUACUGGUAUGGAGGAGGACUCAAGUGAUCCAAUGAUACUUGAACCGGUGGAUGCCCGACCAUUGACCAUGUGCUUGCCAGAUGGUGGUCCUAGAGGUAUUGUUUAUGCACGUAGGCCUCCAAAAGGGGUGGGUUCGAAAAACAGGCAAAGCAUUGAUUCAUCUAAGGUCGUGAAGGCGAAAUAUCCUCUUGGCAAACAAGUCUCUGCUAUAAGAGACUUCCCUACGAAUGCGCGUAGAAAAUCUUUAGUGGUUCGAGAAAAGUCAGGCUAUGACGAUGUGCCAGUAAAGGCCGAUGACAAACAAAUGAGUAGCGGGUCGGGGAAUUCGACAGAGAAUACGGUGAUGGAUAUUGUGGUUUAUACGGAUCAAAGUCUUAGAAGAGAGAUUUCAGAUCAGUCUCUCUCCAAGAGAACAUCAGGACAAGACAUCGGGAGAUUUGGCCCUGAGAAAAGCAUUGUGGCAUUUUCGAAACAAAGUGGAGUGGAUAGAAAGAAAGCAAAGGAACAAGUCAUGAGGGAAGUGGAUGUGGUUCUUCCUCCUUCGAAUCCCGGAGGUGGAAGCGGUAUGAAUGGGAGUCGGAGUAGAGUAAAGGAAACUCUACGGUUAUUCCAUGCAAUUUGUAGAAAACUGUUGCAAGGGGAAGAAACGAAGCCUCGAGAAUCAAAAAACGGAACUAAAAGAGUAGAUUACCAAGCUGCCAAGGUUCUUCGGGAGAAAGGCAAGUUUGUCAACACUGGCAAACAAAUUAUCGGGUCAGUACCUGGGGUGGAGAUUGGUGAUGAGUUUCAGUAUAGGAUGGAGCUAAACAUGAUCGGUCUCCAUAGGCCGAGUCAAGGUGGUAUUGAUUACGUUAAAGAAGGUGGGGAAUUAUACGCUACAAGUAUCGUAGCCUCUGGAGGGUAUGAUGACGAGUUGGACAAUUCAAAUGUCUUGAUCUACACGGGUCAAGGCGGAAACGUGAUGAACGGUGGCAAAGAUCCCGAAAACCAAAAACUCGAAAGGGGAAACCUCGCACUGGCAAACAGUGCACACAGGAGGAACCCUGUCCGCGUGAUCAGAGGCAAUCAGAAAGUUGCUGAUUCUUCCGAGGCAAAAGGUAGGGCUUAUGUUUACGAUGGGUUGUAUAUUGUGGAGAAGUACUGGCAAGAAACUGGCCCUCACGGUAAGCUCGUAUUCAAGUACAAACUUCAACGGAUGCCUGGACAACCGGAGCUCUCGUGGAGAGUUGUCAAGAAAUCAAAGAAGUCCAAGUUUAGGGAGGGUUUGUGCAAACUCGACAUCUCGGAAGGGAAAGAGAGAUUUUCUAUUCGGGGUAUCCAACCCCAUUUAAAAAACAUCUACACGAUCGGUAUGAUGUACCCGGACUGGUGUCGACCAAUUCCUCCAAAGGGUUGCGACUGCACGACCCGUUGCUCGGAACUAAGAAAAUGUUCUUGUGUGGUUCAAAACGGUGGAGGGAUACCCUACAAUCGAGAUGGGGCUAUCGUCGAGGCGAUACCUCUCGUUUAUGAGUGUGGCCCGACUUGCAAGUGCCCUCCUUCGUGCUACAACCGUGUAACUCAAUGCGGAAUCAAAUUCCAGCUUGAGAUUUUUAAAACCGAGUCAAGAGGAUGGGGUGUGAGAUCGUUGAACUCGAUCCCGUCCGGAAGCUUCAUCUGCGAAUACGCAGGGGAGCUUCUCGAGGACAAAGAAGCCGAAAGACGAACCGGUAACGACGAAUAUCUAUUCGACAUCGGGAAUAACUACGAUAACUCGCUUCGGGAUGGGAUUAGCGAACUGAUGCCGAAGAUGCAUCCGAGCUCGUCGGUUCAGGCGGUGGACGAGAGCAUCGGGUUCACGAUCGAUGCGGCUCGUUACGGGAACGUAGGGAGGUUCAUAAACCAUAGCUGUUCGCCGAAUCUGUAUGCUCAGAAUGUGCUGUUCGAUCACAACGAUACGAGGAUUCCUCAUGUCAUGUUCUUCGCCAUGGACAACAUUCCUCCGCUUCAGGAGCUAACUUAUCACUACAACUACGUCAUUGGUCAGGUACGCGACUCCAACGGUAAUAUUAAGAGGAAGGAUUGUUAUUGUGGUUCUUCCGAUUGUGUUGGUCGCUUAUAUUGAUGAUGAUGAUGAUGAUGAUGAUGAUGCUGGUUAUGAUGAUGAUGAUGUAGUUUUUUGUUGCAACAAGGCAUCGUUAAGAUUUGCCUGUGUGUGGUUUUGGUAUUUUGUGCUCUCUCUAUAUGGAGAGUUAUGGGCAGAACAUCGGAGUUUAUGUUAGUUCUCAAGAUAUUAAAAGAAAAAAGGAAUCGUUAGAUUCA